AUGGCCGACGUCGCGACUCCCGACUCUGUCGCCGCCAACUCUCCAGGUGCUGGUGGUGCAAGAAUUGGCCGGCCUCCACAAUGGACAGAGUCACGGUCCAGGAAACUGGCCAGGCUGUACAUGUACACCACCCUCCCUAUGGAGAAGAUCAUCAAGGCCCUCUUCCCGAAUGACGAUGUGAAGAAGAACUCGGCCCAGAAGACACUGCACAAAAUGGUCGGCCAUGACCCUCGGCCACUGAGGCCCGUCAACAGGGAGGAUAUGAACACGCGUUUCAAGCUGCUCCACAAACGCAGCCAGCGUCGGCGGCGAAGCGAUGGUACCCCCUUUGAUCAGGAAGAGGGCGUCAUCGCAGCGUCCAAGGAGGAGCUCAACACCCCGGCCUUCUCAGAAGUCUCCCGUUUCGACGACGCCUCCACGCUCAGGAGCCCACAAACGGACGUGCGUUUUGAGUUUGCCUCACCAAGCACCAAUGCCUCAGCUUCGCCGGGUCCGGUGUGGUCUGCCUUUCCAAAAGAUGACUUCCACUCUCCCUUCCAACCUCCCUUUCCGCGCCCACCUCGUAAUGAUACCGUCUUCACCACCUCGACUCAGAUGAGCACGGACAGCAUCAAGAGCCUCAGGAACCGUAUCAGCGUCUCCACUGUCUUCGCUAAGCAGGUGUCUGUGCUGAUGAGUAGGCUCACGAUCGGUAGUUCUGAAAAUCUCCGGAACUCACCAGCCCGGACUCCUUCGGAUUUCCCGAUGCACCAUAGCCCGAUUUCGACCGGCCCAAUACCGCAUCCGGGACUUGCUGUACCUGGCGAUUUCAUGGUCUCUCGGAGAUUGGUUCCCCAGUGCCAUGCGCAGAAGCAUUUCGCAAAAUCUUCUGGCGAAGGUGGCGUUUUCUGCUGGUGUUCUAUUGCGGACGACGUCGCGGAAUUGCCAGAGGCCUUUUAUAUCACUGAGAGGGGUGAAGAAUGUGACCAGGCCGCGAAUGCCCUGCAAGGGUCGAUGUAUGGUUCACCUACAGACCAAUUUGGCAAUACGCUUCUCCAUCUCUUCGCCGCGAUGGACAACCAGCAAGGUAUUGAAACGACUUUCCGCCUGCUUCAAUCAGGACAUUCAAAUCCCUCCGUGGUCAAUCAAGCACACCAGACCUUUCUCCAUGUUCUGAGUCCCUCAUGGUUCUUUGGAACGGACGACCUCAAUAUACCCCUGUACAAGCUUUUGAACUUCCUCUACGCACAGCACCGGGACUUGUUAUUCGCUCGUGAUGUCUUUGGACGGACAUUCUUCCACCAGCUUGAUCGAUUUGUUCCCGAUCCCAACGUUAUCCACAAUAUCACCCAGCACUAUCGGCCUGCAAUCCCGCGAGACGCCUUUAACGUCAAGCCACCCUCGCGAGUUGCUGAUACUUCUUUUGCUCCACCAACACGUACGGGCACGAUGGCCCUUUCGCCUUUGGCUGAAGAGGCUCCGGAAGAGGACUUUACAACCAGAGAUAUGGGACUAGUCUCUGUUGUGACGGAGGCAUACAACAACCCCACCCUCGAAGAUGACGAAGGCCGAAACGGACUGCAUUGCUUGGCAGAAAUGCAUUUCACCACUAGCAGCCCUAACAGUCCAGAUCCCAGUACUCCGAAUCCAUCUCAGUCACAAACCACGAAUACCAAAGGUUCGCUCAAGCGGAAACACGGAAGGGACGAUGCCGAACGUAUAAAGCCUAUCACCCAAAGACUCCAAUACCUUCAAGGUCUCUUGACACCGGUGACCCAGACUGCGCCACCCGAUGUCAACCACUACGACCAUAAGGGUGACACUGUUCUGAUAAACUUCGCAUCGCAACUUUCUGACGAGCAAGACGACAAGAGCGGCCAGCACAUUGGGAGAAUUCUCGAUCUGCUCAUCGAGAAGGGGGCGAUGAUCGAUGCACGGAAUCGUCGGGGUGAGACCGCGCUUCUUGUCGCUGCAAGAUCUGGGAACAAGCACGUUGUCAGUAAGCUGCUCGACAAGGGUGCCAAUUUGCACGCACGAGACAAGUAUGGAAGGGCUAUUAUGGCAAUCAUCGAUGCACAGAUUGCGCUUAGUUCAAAGGACCUCCCUUCAUACGGGAGACUGGAGGCUGUGAGGGCAGCAGUGCUCGCCAAGAAGCUGGAGGAGAAGGGAGUGCAGGACGAGCCGAACUUUUUCGAUGAGUGGACCUGGCCUCAAAGACGACAGACUUAA